AGAACUGCUUUAAUUUAUUUGACAUUCCAGAGUAACUCCUAAUCUGUGACUUGACAUUUUGCGGUUUUUAUUUUAUUAUGGUUUUAUAGUUUUAUCUGUCUGUUUUAUAUAGACUAUUUAUUUGCGAUGAAAAAAAAGAUAUUUAUCAGAUAUCCAUUAUAUUCAAAUCUUAUCAAAUAAGCUGGUGAAAUGUCAAUUAAAGGGAAUUGAAUAAAAAUGUCUGGGGGUCCGAACAGAAAAAAGACCACCCGUUCACAGGGUUGGGAAGAAGCUGGCUCUGAAUUUUACCAGGAAAGUUAUCCUGUCGACGCCGAGAUUGAAGUUUUACAGAGAGAUCCCAGAAAACUAGCAACUCUUCUCCCUAGCAAACAAACAAGAGCUGCCGCUGCUACUAUUCGCAUGCGAACCAAUGACUUCCGAACUAAUAAUAGAACUGUAAGGAGGCACACUGGUUCAAGAUCUCGAAGAGAAUCCACAGUACAUCGCAGAACAUCUGUAGCAGGUGAUGUGCAAGUGUCAAUGUUGCCAGACUUGUCUGAGAUGAGGACUAACGAAGAAACAUCUUGGGAGGAAAUAAUGCAAAUCAAAGCCAUGCCCAUACCUAUGUCUCAAAAAAAGGAAAUGAAGAUAAGAAUUCUUAAUGAGCCGAACCUUCGACUUCAAGGAUAUGAACAAUUCAAGUGGAAACGUCGGAAAAUAUGGGGCCAAUUUGAAUCUCGUAUGAGAGAAUUCUUCCAAAAAACAGGUCUGUGGAAGGGUUCUAUGAAGCACAUAGAGGGAAAUUUUGGCACAGGUGUUGUGGCGUUUUUUUUGUUUUUAAAAUGGCUCUUUAUUUUAAAUUUGUCAAUUUUUAUUUUCAUUUUUUUGUUUAUAACUCUACCUACCAUUUUGCUUGAUUAUGACAAAUGCAAAAACAACCCAAAUACAAGUUAUUGUUGUUCAGAGGAUCAUCUCAAUGAAACUGUGUCUGAAAACAACAUAUUGGUAGAUUUAGUUCAAGGUACUGGUUUUUUAGAAUGUACAAUAUUAUUUUAUGGGUUUUACGGCAACGAAACUGUUACAUAUAUGUCUGGUCAAACUCCUAUGUACUAUAAUAUUCCUCUUGCUUAUAUUUUUAUUAUUCCAAUAUGUUUUAUGAUUUCUAUGAUUGCUAUUAUAAGGUCUGCUGCAAAAGGGUUUAAGGAACGCCUUAUUGAAGGAGAAGGUCAGUUUUAUCACUACUGUAAUUUAAUAUUUGGCGGAUGGGAUUACUGUAUAGAUAAUGAAAAAUCCGCUAAGAUGAAGCACAAAGCUAUAUAUAGCGAAAUAAAGGCGAGUCUAGAAACUGAAAAGAUGAAAGAAGAGAAGCUAAGUCGUACUACACAGGAAUGGUACAAAAUCUACUUUUGCAGAAUAGUGGUGAAUAGUGUAGUUGUUGCAGUUUUAGCUGGUUGUGGAUGUCUUGUUUAUAUACUUUUUGAAGAAUCGACCGCACAACUGAACAAUCAGACUGAUCUUUCCAAAUUUGAGCAACUCUUCUUUCAGUUUUUGCCCUCAUUGUCUAUUGUCAGUUUAAAUAUGAUAAUACCAGUUUUAUUUAAAUUCCUGAUUAGUUUUGAGAAGUAUACCCCUCCAGCUGAAAUUAAGUAUUCUCUUAUAAGAACUGUUUUUAUUCGUCUUGCAUCUCUAGUGGUACUUUAUGCUUCUCUCUGGAGAGAAGUUGGGUGCAAAAAUUGUAAAGUGUGUUGGGAAACUUUUGUUGGUCAACAGAUUUACAAAUUGCUGUUAACUGACUUUGCUGUUCAUGUUUUUCUAACACUAAUAGUAAAUUUUCUACGAUCUCUGCUUGCAAAGCAUAUAGAAAAUAAAAUGGUGAAAUUUUUUUGUGAACAAACCUUUGACUUGCCAAGACAUGCUUUAGACAUUGUCUACACCCAGACUCUUUGUUGGUUUGGAAUAUUUUUUGCUCCAUUGUUGUCUUUAUUGGCAGCAAUGAUUUUUUUCAUCCUAUUUUAUAUUAAAAAAUUUGCAUGUGUUGUCAACUGUAAACCAAACAAUGUAAUUUAUCGUGCAUCAAAAACCAAUUCCAUGUUUAUGUUUGUUCUAUUGGUCUCUUGCAUUUUUGUUAUAUUUCCUUUAGCUUAUGUUUCUUUCAAACUGGAACCAUCUAGGAAUUGUGGCCCCUUCCGGGACCAAACCUUCGUAUGGGAUUUAGUAGGAAAUCUUUUUUCAUAUACACCAAUGUGGAUUCAAAGCAUAUUUUAUUUCUUCAGCACCGCCGGUUUUGGCUUUCUUUGCUUUAUAGUGAUUGUAUUAAUUCUAUUUUACUAUAGAGUAGUGAAUUCAGCGAAUCGGCAUCUUGUAGAAGUUUUAAAAAAUCAGCUUGUUCUGGAAGGUCAUGAUAAGCAAUUUUUGCUUGAUCGGUUAAGCUUGUUUAUAAAACAAGAGAGUCAAAAGAGAACGAGGUCUGAGCAAAAUAGAGAGGGUGAUAUAAACACUUGAAAGCUUUGUGUAUAAUAAAAUAACUUGUGAGUUAAUAUAGACUUAAGAAAAUAUUCCUUCAUAUCUCGAUAGUGUUUAGAUUGAUUUUUUGAAAUGUGAACAUUGCUUCACAUUAAACAAAAUAACUUUGUGUCAAAUAUCCAAUUUUCAGCUGCACAGUGGUGUAUUUUUUUAAACAUAAUUUAAAUUUACCAAAAGUAUCUAGAAAGCAAUCUUCUGUGAUUUUGAUUUUUUGUUGUGAUAGUUUAAACCCCCAUUAUCUCCUGUUUUAAUCAACAUCUAUUUAUUACUUAAUCUUUAAUAAUUUUAGAUAUUAUCAAAUGCAAUAUAUAAUGAUUAAUUUGAUUCAUUUUAAUGAAUGAUUGUGAGCAGUUGUACUAUUAACAUUUUUACAACUUUUAAAACUUUUUACAACAUAAUAUUCACUAUAAAUUGAUUCAUAUGACUAAUAAUUUCUGUAUGAAUUAAAAUAAUUGUUGAUAAUUUUAAUUUGGCGCCUCUUCAAACAACAUGACAGAUAAUUCUUUAUUGGUAACAUAAUAACGAUAAUAAUUUUUCACUGGUGCUAAUAUAAUACAAGUGUUAACACAUGUCAAAAAUGGAAAAAAUAAUAAGAUACAUGUAUAAAUAACAUUAGGUAUUACAAUUCAUGAAUGUGAAAUCAGAAGGUUUCCUGACUAAAGUAUUUUCAAAGAUAUACCGAAUUGUAAACAAAACAGGGUGCAAAUCCUCUCUUAAGUAAAAACUACAAGUACACACCGAACAGACUAGUCAUUAAAAUACGUAUUUUAUUAUUUAGUUUCAUUAGUAUUUCAGAACAGUGGAUAUAACAUUUUUUUAUAGGUUGUUCGUUGUAGCAAAAAAAGAGAAAUAAUAUAUGUGCACUAGAAAACUUGUAGUUAUUUUUAAAUUAUAGUACAAUAAAUUAUUGAAUAUUGGUGAAAAUAUUGAAACAAUAUAAAGAAAUGAAAAUUUGAGAACAUAAUGUUUAAAAAUUUCUUUCACUACAAUCGAUAUCAAUAUCUGAAUCCUAAUCACUGUCAGUGAAAUCAGUUAUUGUUGGAUCUAUUAUGGUAGCAAAAUGAUCACGUGAAAUUAUUUUUGUACCUUUUCUUUUGUGAUAUUUUCACUAUCUGCUUGUAUAAAGAUAAUUACUGUACUUGUCAAGUUUUAAUAUUUUCAGAGCAUAGUCUUGAAUCAAGUUUGUGCGAAAGAAAUUCGAUUGCAAAACAAAUAUUGAAAUUUCAACUCUCAGUUUUUAAACUUGAAACCCCAGGAACUCUUGACAAUUAUUGAUUAUAGUGAGAAUUAUUAUCCAUAACUAUGUGAGUUCAGUGAUGAAUUUUUAUUUUUUUGAAGCUAAUAAGCAAUUUUAAUUCCA